AUGCCAGCUACAUUAUCAAAUAAACCAGCAGUUAUGAAAAGAAAACCCAUGAAAGAAAUUUUGAACCUAGCAGAACCGUCAACAUCAACAGAUCAUUACUCUGAAUGCUCGGUACAUCAAUUACAUACAAAAAUGGAAGGAAAUACAUCUCACAAAGAAAAUCUUGGUCAUUACUCUGAACGUUCGGUACAUCGAUUAUACACAAAAAUGGAAGGAAAUACUUCUCACAAAGAAAAUCUUGAUCCAGUUACUCCAAUGCAAGAUCCUGUGAUAUCAACUAAUCCUGUAGUUAUAAAGAAAAGGGCUGAAACGUUUUUAGGAGGAGCAUUGGCAGACAAGAAAAAGACAAAGGGUAUCCUUCGAGAAGAACUCAAAGUUACAGGCUGA